AUGGUUCCCAAUGGCGCUGUUGCUGUCUCAGCUCCUGGUAAAGUCUUGCUAGCCGGCGGGUACUUGGUACUGGAUCGCACCCAUACUGGCUUGAUCUUUGGACUGGACGCGCGAAUCCACGUCUUGAUUCAGGAUAUUCCCACCAGCAGUGGGGUGAUAUUGAAUGAGAUCACUGUGCAUUCGCCGCAGUUUACAGAGGCCGUGUGGGAUUAUGGCUACAGAUUAACGGAACGCCGUGGAGGUAUUCAGAUCACGCAAUUGAGAAUAGAUGCGGAUCUGAGUCUCAACCGCAAUCCAUUCGUCGAAACAACACUCGGCUACGUGCUUAGCUAUAUUACAUCCAUCACCGGCCACUCCACCAUCACUCCCGCCACGAUAACUAUCCUGGCAGAUAAUGAUUAUUACUCGCCGCCGGCGUCCAUCAGCGGGGACAGCGGGGCGUCUGCACAAUCGAAAUCGUCUCGUUUCCACGACUUUGCAAUUCCUUUAACCAAAGCACCCAAGACUGGUCUAGGAUCCUCUGCUGCACUCGUGACUGCAGUAACUUCUGCUCUUCUGAGGUUCUAUCUCCCCGCAGAAAGGUUUCCUCAAGCCACCAAUCCACGUGUACUGCACAAUCUGGCCCAGGCAGCCCACUGCGCUGCACAAGGGAAAGUCGGCUCCGGAUUUGACGUUGCCUCGGCCGUCUACGGAACUUGCGUAUAUCGCAGAUUCUCUCCAAUCAUCCUCUCUGGCCGCAACCUGGAGCCGGGUGUUCCACACUUUGCUGAUGAUUUACGCGAUAUUGUGGACGAGGUGAGAGGGCAAUGGGAUACCGAGAUCAUCAAAGACAAGUCAGUGAGGGUGCCUGAUGGUUUGAGAUUGAUCAUGUGCGAUGUUGCUUGUGGAAGCAAGACCCCGGGAAUGGUGAAGCAGGUUCUUGCUUGGCGGGCGAAGGAGGGUGAGGAGGCUGGCAGACUGUGGGCAGAGCUGGAUGCUGCAAAUAUGAAACUUGCGUGUGAGCUGAAAGCUGUUGCUGAUAGUGGGACGAAAGACUAUGCGAGGUUGACGGAAUGUUUUGCGGCGAUCCGGACACUGAUAAGAGAGAUGAGUGAGAAGAGCGGCGUACCCAUCGAACCUCAGGCGCAGACUGAAUUGCUGGACGCUUGUGGGAAGGUUGAAGGCGUUAUUGGAGGAGUUGUGCCUGGUGCGGGUGGCCAUGAUGCCAUCUGUUUGCUGAUUGAAGAUCGGGAAGAGGUCGUCGUGGGUUUGGAUAAGCUCUUCAAAGGGUGGGAAUAUAAAGGCGAGGGAGGCGGCGGUAAAGUCAGCAUGUUAGGUGUCAGGGAGGAGAUGGAGGGUGUCAAACUUGAWGAUCCAAAGGUGUAUGUGGACUGGCUGAAGGGAUUCUGA